AUGUCCAUAUUGUAUCUAUCUAUCUAUCUAUCUAUCUAUCUAUCUAUCUAUCUAUCUAUCUAUCUCAGCCUGUUCAUAUCUAUCCAUCUCGAUCUGUUCCUUAUCUAUUUAUCUGUCUUUUCAUUAUCUAUUUAUCUAUCUCAAAUAAAAAAAGAAAAUGUGAACGUUUGCUUUGCUGAUAUCUGUUUCACUGCCGAUAACCUUUCACCUCCAUCACAACACACUGAGGAAACGGGAAAAUCUGUUUAUCACUCUCUGACUGUUCCUAUCUAUCUAUCUAUCUAUCUAUCUAUCUAUCUAUCUAUCUAUCUAUCUAUCUAUCACAGACUAUUCAUAUCUAUCUAUCUCAGACUAUUCUUAUCUAUCUAUCUAUCUAUCUAUCUAUCUAUCUAUCUAUCUAUCUAUCUAUCUCAGACUAUUCAUAUCUAUCUAUCUAUCUAUCUAUCUAUCUAUGUAUCUAUCUAUCUCAGACUAUUUAUAUCUAUCUAUCUAUCUAAGUAUCUAUCUAUCUCAGACUAUUUAUAUCUAUCUCAGACUAUUCAUAUCUAUCUAUCUAUCUAUCUAUCUAGUUCAGACUAUUCAUAUCUAUCUAUCUAUCUAUCUAUCUAUCUAUCUAUCUAUCUAUCUAGUUCAGACUAUUCAUAUCUAUCUAUCUAUCUAUCUAUCUAUCUAUCUAUCUAUCUAUCUCAGAUUAUUCAUAUCUAUCUAUUUAUCUAUCUAUCUCAGAUUAUUCAUAUCUAUCUAUCUAUCUAUCUAUCUAUCUAUCUGUAG